CCUCUCUGUGUAAUGUUUCAGGUAUUUGUGUGAACUCUCCAAACACUUGACAACAAGUGUAGCAGUAAAAACAAUGUUGAGGAGACACUGAAAAACUUUGCUUGUCCAUGACCUGCUGCCCCAAACUACAGGUCUGACUCUGAAGAAUGGAAGACUUCUACAACACAACUUCACAGAACAGCAGCUAUGGAAACGACCAGAGGAAAAUAAAAAUCCCAGAUGUCAUAUAUGUGACAAAUUGGAUCGUCCUCUCCAUCGGCCUUCCUCUGACCAUACUGGCCAUCCAUGCCCUGUAUUCUCUGGUGAGAACAAAUCAUGUUGCUCCAAUCUACGUCAUCAACCUCCUCAUCUCUGACCUCAUUCUGUUCUGCUGCAUGAUCGUUUGGCUGAAAGAAUCUGAAACUCCAGAAACCAUUAUUUUACAUUACUCUUAUAAAGUUGCUACCAUAGCUCUGAUGGCCAGUGUUGGCUUCAUGACAUGUGUCGCUGUGGAAAGGUAUCUGCUUAUCGCCUGGCCACUGUGGUACCGCUUCAAACGGAGUAUCAAGACCUCUGUUGUGGUGUGUGUCAUGGUCUGGAUUUCUGCAUUGAUCUGUUUUGUUCUUAACAAUCUCACAUUUGUUUUCCUGAAACAAUCAUACCUCCUCUCCAUCUACCUCCUCCUCCCCUUCCCCGUCCUUAUCUUCUCUCUGGCUGGGACCUUCAAAGCACUGUCUGCUGCCACCUCAGUCUCCUCUGAGGAAAAACGCAGAAUCGUUGGAGCUUUGAUUCUGGUGUUGUUAAAUUACACAUUGUUGUUCCUUCCCACAGUCAUUCGGUUUCUUUCUGAAAAAGCCAGAGACGAAGUUGCAUUCAACAAUCUGGCUCAAACCAUGAUCCGGAUCAGUCCUCUUGCAGACUUGGUUCUGUAUGUCUUCAUGAGGAAAGGGGCUUUUGACAGGCUGCUGGCCUGUCUGUGUUGCUGCAAGUCAGAAACACAACAAACAUCAGGUCAGACCAUCACUGUCAGUGAUGAUGUCGAGGCUUAACCAUAUUUUCAUCACUCCCUCUUUGGAAAUCUCCAUCACUUUCUUCUGACCUCUUACAUUCAAAGUGUGUUUAGUUUCUGUAUAAUUUCCACACAGAGGAAAUCUUUAGCUCGGCUGAUGAUCUGACUAAACCUAUUUCACUGGAGAUGCUGAAUAAAAUCACACAUGUUUGCAGUCAUUCACAGGACUGGAGCCAGGAUAUUCACUGUAACUCAGCUGUUUACUUCUAUACUCAUAUAUGACUUUUUCUCUGACCUUUUUAUGAAGUUGAAAUCAUAUUUUUACCUUCUGUCUGACAGAGCAAGAGUUAAAAUAGCUGAUGUCAAUCGUAUUUGGAAGUUUGUGAUAAUCAAACAAAGUUGUUUUUCCUUUUGUAAAAUUCUGAGAUUGAAAUGACAGGAAGACUUUAAGCUGUCAUUUGAAGAUUUGUCAAAAUAAUGUAUAUUUCUUGAUGAUUGUGUCUGUCUCUCUGCUGUACUGUGCAUGCAUGUUAUAAAUGCCUGUUUCCAUGGGUCCUUUUAUUAUGUGCUGUAUGUUGUAUUCACUUGGUCCUCCUUGGUUCAAUGACUGGUGAAAAUUUUAGAAGAGCACUUUGAUAUUAGUCCAGAAGAAGAUGCAGAUAAACAGGCAUUACUGCUGCUGUGCCAGUCUUUCAUUACUCACUGAAACAACAGCAAACACCAAGAAGGUGCUGAUAACACUGUCUGUCAGUAACACCUAUGAUUGAUCUAUUUUAUUGCCCCCUGGUUGUUCCUGUUCUCCACUGAUAAUUGGAGAGUUCUCGUGACCAUUUUACCCCAUUAACAUGUUUUUACUUUUCAUUUGAAUUUACAUGUAAGUUUUGUUUAAUCAGCCAGUUUCACUGGGUUCAAGAUCUCAUUUGUAAAAUAAGCCUGAGAUUGUUUCUGUUU